AUGCGUCGGAGCGGCCGACGAGGGGCUCGGUGUCGAUGUAGCGGCGGCGGCACGCUGGCUGCCACCCUUCUGCUUUCGGCCCUACCGACUGCAUCGGUCACUCGUUCGGCUCGACCGAAACUCGGUGCUGCUUGGUUUGGCCCGGGAUGGCCUGAAGCGAAGGCUCUGUGUCUCUCGCAGCUUGGACUUGAUCUGCUCAUCGCAGAGCAGGUACGAUUCUACCAUCAGAUUGCAGGAUCCGAGAAGCUUUUCGCCGCAUCACCUUCCAUCGGCAUACCCGACCUGUGCCCUUUUCAUCGCCAGCUCCGACCUUGUCUCAUCUCCACCAACAUUCAACGUCGGUCCUCCCACGCCACCACGACGUAG